AAUGAUUUUGAUGAUUGUAGUCCUCAAUAUGAUUCUGCAGAAUCAAUUAUAAAUUAUAAACUUUUGGCACAACUACAUGAUGAUGACUAUUUGAGAGAAGUUUUGUCUGAACUUGGGCUUUCAUCCCAAAAUAGUUCAGCGAUGCUGUCACAGAAGGAAAAUGAUAACUUAUUUGAA